AUGUCCGAACUACAGUUUGUUCGCUCGUUUCUGGGCUCCCUCGACGGCUUGCCGUUGAAGCUGUCGGCCGACUACAUGGAGGAUGCAAAGGGCUACCCAGCCCGGCCACCAUACAUCCUCCCCCGCAUGGCCAAGCCGAUGAAGAAGACGUCCGAGACCCGACUUCCGCCCGGCCAGGAGCGCUGCGUCGUCGUCUCCGUCAAGUCGCUGCACCGCAGCCCGCCCCUCGACCUGCAGCUCGGCGCCCUGCCACUCGCCACCACAUCGCUGCUCGACCUGCGCCAACAGCUAGCCACCAAGACGCACGUGCCCAUCGCCAAGCUGAAGCUGCUGUUUGGCAAGAAGCCUGUCGCCGACACAAAGGUGCUCAAGGACCUGAUCGGCCCCGCGGCCAGCGCCUCGGCCACGACACUCGAGCUCGGCCUCAUGGUCGUCGGUGGUGCUGCCACCGUUGCCGCUGCCACCCAGGAAGCCGAAGAGGAGACAAAGACUGCUGCACCGCCGCCCGCAGCUGCACCACCACCCGUGGCCGUCGCUGCGGCUGCUCCGCCCCCUUCUGGCCAGGCCGUCGUCGAAAGCGAGGCCUUCUGGUCUGACUUGCGCGCAUUUUUGGUCGCCCGCAUCAACGACGACAAGCUGGCCGAUGAGCUCUUCAGCUCCUUCUUGCGCGCCUGGGACGAGAGACCGUCCGUAUGA